GCUUUGCAAUGGCGGUAAAGCUUUGAGGUUUCCGAAAAAAUUCUGCAUAACUUGAAAACAUGGCAACAAUUACACCUGUGGAUGGACCCCCAGAGGUUGUAAAUGCUAGGAGAACAGAAUCGUUAGAUGCACCACACAUAAUCAAGCUUGUGAACAGUUCAACAGACCAAUUGUUUGGAAGAGUUAAUGUUGUCAAUUUAAUAGAGAAAGCCGUGUUAGCUGUUACUCUAUGCAAUGACAAAGAAGAAAUCCUGGGCCAUGCAGCAUUCUUUGAUUAUCCAAACAUUGAAGGUGUUGAUCCAUCGACAUGGGAGGAAUGGUUUCACAAGAUUUUUGACACUCCAAAGACAUCAGCUCUAAAUUCAUUGUACAUGCAUUAUUUUGUUGCAAAAAAAGAAUAUGCCAGUGGUUGCGCAAGGGAGAUAAUCCGUACUGCAUUUAAUGCCGUUCCUGACCUACACUAUUUAUUCCUGAAUGUACCAAUGAAAGCUUAUCCUGAUGCUUCACUUGAUGGUGUAUUCCAGCAGUUACCGAAAAGAGAAGGUGUCAGCAGUACACAAGGAGCACUGUUUGCUUGCUACAGACAUAACCAUGUUCCUGUUCUUCAUGUCAGAAAGGCAACUGUUGAAGACCAUGACGACUUAACGCCCAUCUUUAAUCGCCAUAGUGAUAUGCUGAAGAUGGCUUAUGGUGAUUUCUUCCUUGCUGAAUUAAUUGAAGCACAAGAUGACCAUAUGCAGUGUUUAGUAGCAGAGGUCGAAGGAACAGCAGUUGGGUUUAUGAGUAUAAGCAAUGAUGUCAACACAGAUAUGCUAAAUGAAUGUUUUGAGUUAGGAUCCUUCCAUGGUUUGAAGAAACCACAUCAAGAUGAUGAUCUGAUCCCACCAAAAACCCCAACACCAAGUCCUCCUCCAGAACUGGCAGAAGAAAGACCUGCAUCUAAAGCAUCCUCUACAAAGUCAGCAGCCUCAGCUAAAGAAGCACCAGUGAAUGGUGCCCCUUCAGAACCAACAGAUGCAGGCACAGAAAAGAAAUCAGCUAGUAGACAGUCAAGUAAACAGAGUUCAAGAGCCACAAGUCCAACAAGUGAACUGAAGGUAGAGAAGAAAUUAAGUGAUGCUCACAUGAGGGAAAGUUCUACAUCUUUACUAAGCGAGGGACAAGGAGAGGAAAUAGCUAAAGAAGCAGAGAGGGUACAAUCGGGGCAGUCUAGUAGAAAAAGUUCAGUCAAGGAAGAAGUAAUAUCUCGUCUUGGAACACCCAAACCUAUUACACCAAUGACACAGUUGCCUAAAAGAUUUGUUCCAAUAUAUAAAGGAGCUCAGAAUGCUUUUAGUAUCCAGCUCUUCUGUAUUGAUGAAAGAUACGAAAUGAGGUCAUCAGACUUUCUAUCAUCAGCUUUUGAGUUGUUUCCACAGUAUGAUUUCUGUGUCAUUACAGUCCCUCAUCUUGUACCAGAAUUCCCAUUAAUUCAGGGAUUUGUGAGAAUCACACCAAGAUCUCCAAGCACACUGCCACAAGAAUUGUAUGUGUUCCACAGAUCAGGACUUCUCAAAGAUUUCCAUGUGCGUCCAGUCUGUUCUAAAGAUCUUAAAGGCAUAGAGGAACUCGUUAAGACUAUUAACCUGAAUGAUAAUCUCAUCAAAGAUAUCCAGCAGUUCAACAAAGCUAGGAGAGAUGAGGAUGGAACAGAAAUUAAAGCUUUUGUAGCUCAGUGUCAAGACCAGAUAGUUGGAGUGGCAGUUAUUAGAAGAGAAGAGAACAUAGAAUACAUCAGAUCACAUUACAACAUUGAAGACUUUAUAUACUACAAUCAUCAUAAAAGAGAAGAGCAUGGACAUCUUCAUCAUUUUGCUUUAAAUCCUGUUUUUACACAUAUGUCCAAAAUGUUUAUAAAGGAAAUUUUAAGACAAGGAAAGAAGACCAGCUUAUAUUUCCCACUGUAUCCAGCAUACACAAAUAAGGAGGCUGUAGAUCAGCAUUCUCUGGUUACCAGUUUAAAUGACAUGGUACCAGUUAGAGCCAGGAGACAAAUUACCUACCCCUUGGAACAACUAUCAAUAAAUGCUCCCUCAGACAGAGUGCUGAAAAAGCAGGAACCGUAUGCUCUCAAUCACGUCAACAGGAAACUUGUGUUAGAACCAAAGGUAACAAUAAAUGCCAGGAUAGUUGUUGUUGGUGCAUCCAAUGUUGGUAUAGGAUUUUUGGAGCAGUUGGCAUACUGUCCUCAUUUAAGAUUUAACAACUUAACAUUGGUUUCACCCCAUGGAUUACCAGGUGAGAUGGCUCCUGAUGAACUCAGGGAUCAGAUGUUAGGAAACGAUUUCUGUUAUGGGCAGGAAAACUAUGCCAAUAUUUCUCUGCGGACUUGGAUUAAUGUUGUGUACGGUAAAAUGACAAAUAUAGAUAGAAAAAAGAAAUUAGUGAUUGUAAACAAUGGGACUGUGGUGCCAUAUGACCACCUUAUUAUAAGUGUUGGACUUCAAUAUCAAAUCCCAGCACCAACAGAUGCCGAUCUUGACUCUGGAGUCACUAAUGCUGAACUACCAAACCCACCAGACAGGAGAUAUUUCAAAAAUCCACCUAAAAAUUUGUUUACGAUAAAUGAUGCUUAUGAUGCUGCUGUAGCUCUCUACUGGAUAGAAAAUUACCUGUUAAAAUCACAAAGAAAUUUGAUUAUUUAUGGAAGCACUUUAGAUGCUUUCUGUUGUGCACAGACUUUACUUACCAUGGGUGUUCCAGGGGAGAGAAUUCAUUUGGUACAACCUCCGUUACCAUUCCAGGCCACAUGUUUUAACAACCCAGCAAUUGACAGUACAGUUGUGAAAUCUCUUGAGAGCAGUGGUGUACAUGUAUAUAGUGAUCAUGUUCUGGCUCAAUGGAAUGAUGGGGCUGAUGAUUGCACUGAAAUCUCAUCUGCCAGCUUCACAACCAAUAAACAACCUACUCGGUUAGAAUGUGGUGCCUUCUUCUCUUACUACAAGAAAGCUGUUGAUUUUGAAGCAUUCAGAUCAAUCAAUGAUGCCUGUCUGGUUUACGAUGGAAAGUUAGUGAUAGAUUCAGCAUUCCAUACCAAUGAUGUGUCAAUCCGUGGAGCAGGGACGAUCACAAAAUUCCAAAGGAAGUACCAUGCGGAUCAAUGGACACAUGCUAACUUCAACUCUAAAGAAGUUGGUGUACAUCUGGCAACAGAAAUGCUUCGAUUGUUUGAUCCUACUAUGGAGCCUCAGACAGCUCCACCAGAAGAAACUCUUAAUCUGAUACCAAUCUACAGGAAUCCAAAGAUUCAGGGAGGAGUUUUGCCAGGAGGCUACAACUACUUACACAUUGCUAAGCCAGGAUUGGACAUGCCUCUGGCAGAUCAGAUGGCACAACAUGAUUAUGGUAAAGAAUAUAUAACAGGAGCUACUGAUGGAAGUCCAGAAUACUUCAGGAUACAUGUGAAUCAGUAUAACAAUAUAGAGACUAUCACAUGUGUGUCCAAGUCUUCUAUUCCAUCCAGUAACUUUGUAUGUUUGUAUGGACUUCAUGAAAGAUGUCUAAAUAAUUUGGUGUCCAGGUUUAAUGAAGGACUUAUCAAGGACUUUUACACAUAUUUCUUGGAGACAUGGAGUUUGGCAAUGUACCAUGAUAGAUUCACAGAUUUCCGUGAUGAAGUUAGAGAACUACUGAGCAAUAGUCCUGAGAAAGGUAUAGAGGCUGUGGAAGAAAAGGUCAGACAGAUCAUUGAUGAAGAUGUACCGAUGAAUGAGUCACAGAAAGAACAAUUAUUGAAGAUCUAUCAAGAAACAGGAACCAAACGAGCUGUAGAUACCAGAUUCCUCAGUUUCCUAAGUUAUAAUUACUACCAUCUGCCAAUGUAUGCUAAACCUGGAAUGGUUUAAGGGAGAUAACUCUGUAUUGUUUCUUUACACACUUGAAAAUUCAUACUGUUUUUUUCUCUCAGUGAUAUCUUUUAAAUUUUCAAUGAAGAGUAUAAUUUAUGAAGAAACUGUAAAUCUCAUACAAUAAAUGUGCUUUUCAAAUGACUGUACAUAAAAAUAUGCUAUUGUAAACUGUGAUAUAUAAUUAUGUCCGUCCUAUACUGUGAUAAUUUCAUGUUUGUUUGUGAGAUGAAUUCUAUUGUUUUAGUACUGGCUUACACACAGAACAUUUUGUUUAAUAGAUGAAUUAUUUAUAUCAAGUGAAAAUUUUGUUGAAUAGAAGAAUUUUUUAUAUCAAGUGUAUCGAACCAAUUUUUUAUAUCAUGUGGAAUAUAAAAAUUGAUAAAAGAAAUUGACAAUUCUGUGGAUUUUUUUGAAAGACGGAACAUCCCCGUCUUACAAGAUCAUGGUUGAAAUCUUGUGAUGGUUUGAUAUCUUCGAAGUAGUGCAAAAUGAACUGUUAAUUAUUGAUGGAUAUCAUAUUUAUUUCUUUGUAAUUUAUUAUUGUUUGUGUAUAAUAUUGAAGGAAAAUACAUAUAAAUUCUAUUUCAA